GAAUUCCAUCAAAGCGGGUGGAUUCAGUAAUGGGCUGAGCUCUUACCACUUUAAAAAAAAAAAGUCAAAAUGACAGAAAUCACCCCUUUUAAAAACUGUUUUCUUUGAGCUUCUACUGUGAAUAAAAGGGAGCAGCUCACACAAACUGCCUCACAUGACCCACAGUUGGCUGCUGCUGUGAGGAGAGCUCAGUGCGGACAGGCCAGUGUGCACAGAGCUGCACAGACGUGCACAGGGACGACAAACCAUGAUCACCAAGUGGGAGAAACACUCAGUCCAGGACACAACAUGAAGGUGAAGAGCAGGAGCUCCUCUCCGGGCGAGCGUUUGGCUGACGUUCCUCCACUACCGAUGCUCUGCAGCCUCCUGCUCCUUCUGAUCACAGGUGAGGCAUUAGGGGUGAAUGUGACCAGCCAGACCCAGAUGGUGAGAGGCACAGUGGGGAAAGAGGCCUUAUUUUCUGUCAGCUACGCCAGCAGCAGCUCAGACAAGCCAGUCAUUAAGUGGCAGCUGAAGAGGGGUAAAGAGAAACCCGUCACUGUCGUGCAGUCCAUCGGAAUCGACAUUAUAGGAAACCUGAGGCCAGAGUACCGCAACCGUGUCCUGGUGUUUGAAAAUGGCUCGCUGCUGCUUCACAACCUGAGGCUGUCUGAUGAAGGCGCAUAUGAAGUGGAAAUCUCCAUCACGGACGACACCUUCACUGGCGAGCACGACAUUGAGCUCACUGUGGAUGUUCCCGUGUCCAAACCUUACAUCCAGAUGGUGGCCUCGUCUGUCCUGGAGUACAGUGAGAACUUCAACCUGCACUGUUCUCAUGAUAACGGCACAAAGCCUGUCUACGCUUGGCUGAAGGGAGAUAAAAUUCUAGCCAACGACUCACGUCUCCUACUGUCACAUGACCAAAAGGUGUUGACCAUCUUACGGGUGCUGAUGGCAGAUGAUGACAUUUACAUGUGCACGGUGGAAAACCCAUCAGCAGCAUGAAGAGCACACCUGUCAGGCUCACUGU